UUAAUUAAGACACCUGGAGUCAAUCAAGAACCUGCAUUAAUCAGUGGAGACAGGUUGAUUAAGACACCUGGAGGCAACCUAGAACCUGCUAGAACCAGUGAAGACAGUUAGGUUUGAUUGGGACACCUGGAGCUAAUCAAGGACUGGCUGGAACUGGUUAAAAGCCUCCCCUUUAGUCAGUUUAGGGGUGCAGCAGGAGUGAUGGAAGGAGGAUGUGCUGCUGGAGAGCAGGAACUGGAGAGACACUGUCAAGUACCAGGAGGGAACCUCGCAGCCCAGUAUUUUAGCCCCCCUGUGACUAGACCCUACAACAGGUACCUCAAAGCUACGGUGCAUCCGAAAUCCCUGGCCCCAAGACUGCACCGAUCUCUACAUAUCAAGGCCAGUUGCAUUAGUUUAAGGCUGCAGGACCUAGACAGCCCUCACUCUGACGGGACCCUUCGCAGUCACAUGUGAGAGGAGUGGAAUUCAGCUCUCAGAGGCGGCACUUCCUGACGUUGGAUUGAUGUCAAUUUCAUGCACAUAGAGCAGCAGGCUGCCCCACGAACACAGCCAGGUGCUCUUAUCAGCUGCACCAUGGCAGGGGAAAUAGUCUACGCCGACCUGCACCUCACCUCUGGCUUUCCCAGCUCCAGGAUGCCUCUUUCAGCUCAGCCCCUCAGUCCCCCGAUUCCCCAGUGGCAUCGGACAGCGUUGUGGGUCGGAUGGAUUGGGAAUAUUGUCCUGGUGAUUGCUGUGAUAGCGCUCGGGAUUUGGGUUUCCCUUUUAGUGUCUGAGAAGAGACAGACCCCGGCAGCCCCUGAUUGUGCAGGAGCUGGGAGCAGAGACCCCAGCACAGCAGAAUGCAGCGCCCACCUGGAGCGUUUCCGAUCCCAGCUGACCCAACGUCUGUGCCACCUGGCCCAGCCCGGCCCAGCAGGGGGCUCCGGGUGCAAACUCUGCCCCACGGACUGGCAGCUGCGCAGGGACAAGUGCUACUGGGUCUCCAGAAGAGGUAAAAUGUGGAGCGAGAGCCGCGCCGACUGCUCAGCGAGGGGCUCCCAGCUGCUGGUGAUCCGGGACCGGGAGGAGCUGGAGUUCCUAAAGGACCUGACACAAAGUUCAAAUCAGUUCUGGAUCGGACUGUCCGUCCCCUCCCCGGAGAAGGCCUGGACCUGGCUGGACGGCUCCCGGUUGGAUCAGACCCAGCUCCUGGUGUCAGACCUGGCUGACGGGAGCAGUUGUGGGGUGGUGAAGGGGAAUCAGAUUCAUUCUGACAUCUGCGGCUCUGUACUUCAGUGGAUUUGCCAGAGAGACCCCGUCCCACUCUGAACAAGGUCCCACUCUGAGCUCUCUUCCCCGGCCCGGCCAUUGCUCCCGUCCGGCCUGUGACCUGACGCACCUCUGCCCAUCCUGCCCUAAGGGAUCGUUAACUCCUGUCACUAACGAUGGGGUCUCAGCUUCCCCAGUCAGGCUGACGUGCUGUCCACUUGCUACCUCCUCAGAGCAUCGCUAAGGGGAUCAGAGCCCCGAUCCCAAACGGAGCUUUUCCCUGCGUGUUGCUGGGUGAUGUCUGGGGUCACUGUCUGUGUCAGAGGAGCAGGGUGGGGAUGCUCGGUGGCAGUGCAGGGAGCACCCCGGGGAGGGCUGGGGGCUAACGAACGCCCUGGUACUCAGGGGUCCGGCGGCCCAGGAGGAGAUGGACUGGGAAAGCUGGAGGGCAGGUUGGCUGGACAAGCCAAACAGACCCCAGUGUCUUUAGGAGCCGCCCCACCCCCCCCAGACAGCUGGGCCUGUGACUGCCGGAGAACAGAACUGGGCCGGUCUGCGGGAGAGACAGGGCUGCCGAGAACAGACUCAUUUUGGGUUUGGUCACUGGGGCUGGACGAAUGCACCCUGCUGACGGCGAUGUCAGGGGAGGGAGGCAGCGUGGCCUAGUGGAUAGCACACUGGCCUGGGACAGGGAAGGCUGGGUUCUGUUCCUGGCUAUGUUACAAAAGGGCCACCCUGGUGUUUGCUGCACCCUCUCUAGCCCCCCAGCUGAUGAGCAGGAUGCCCGGGCCUGCUGGGUGACUCCGCGUAAGACACUUCAUCUCUUUGGGUUUGUCUGCACCAGGGGUUCUCCAAUGUCAUUGCACCUGGGGACGGGGGGCUGGAACCUGAGCCCUGCCACCCAGGGCUGAAAUCCUCAGGCUUCGGCCCCAGGCAGUGGGGCUCCGUCUUCAGCUUCAGCCCCAGCAACACCAGCCCUGGCGACCCCAUUAAAAUAGUGUCACGACCUAAGAGCCCUCUGAGUUUCACAGCCGCCCAGUUACCGAUUAAGCCGCAUGCAGGGGCCCAGGGCUGCAGCGGGCUGAGAUGACUCUACCCCAGCGUGGAGCUGCCCCGGAUUUGCUGCGGCUGGGGGAGAGGAGCCCCUCCCUAGGCCCAGCCCGACCUGGGUCUGGGUUGUAGCAGGCUGGCGUGUCUGGCUCAACAAGGCAGGGUGCUGGAGUCCCAAGCUGGCAGGGGAAACGGGCUCAGAGGUAGUUUCAGCACAUCAGGUAACAGUCCCAAGGGGUCUCUGUGACCGAACCCGUCACAGGUGUUGUGACCUAAGUUCCCUCUAAGCUGCGUGGCCGCACAGCUACCAGUUAAGACCCACACGCCUCCCUCUCCCCCAAGCUGCUGCUGUGAGAGGGCUGGGGGGAGUCCUCUCUCCCCAGGGCAGCCUGCACCCCAAACCCUCAUCCCCAGCCCCACCCAAGCCUGCAUCCCCAGCUGGAGCCCUCACUCCCUGCACUCCAACCCUCUGCCCCAGCCCUGAGCCCCCUCCAACACUCCGAACCCCUCGGCCCCACCCCAAUCACAUGAAUUUUGGUAUGUGCACCGAUAGGGAGGUGCUGUGCUAGCCAGAGCCCAACCGCUACACUGCAGUUAAACAGCCCCUUCAUUUGAGGCCACAUCAGCUGGCACGGGCCAGCCAAAGUGUCUAACUGCAGAGUAGUCACCCUUUGUGCCUCAGUUUCCACAGCUGAGAAAUGGGGAUAAGGAGACUGAGCUUCCUUCAUGAAGGGCUUUGAGCUCUACUGCUGGAAAGCUCUAGAUCAGAGCGAGGGAUUAUCACUAUCGCACAGACAGUAAAGAUUUCUGUUGAACUGUGCAAAAGCUGAGUGUGUUUAUUGUUGAUGGGCCACAGAGCGGCCAGACCCUGGCUUGGGAUUCAGGACAGCUGGGUUUAUUCCUGUCUCUGACCUGUUCUGUGACUUUCCACAAAUCACUUACACUCUCUGUGCUUCAGUUUCCUCUCCCAGCCUUUGCCUGUCUUGUCUAUUUAGACUUCAACUGCUUAGGGCAGGGACUGUCUCUCCCUGUGUGUCUGGGCAGCGC